AGGAGGCGUAUUCUCAGAGUCAAGCUGUACAUGUGGAGUAAACAUGAGUUUGAGGUUGCGGAAACUUUGCUCUAAGCAGAGGUUAUCCUUAUUGGCCUGCUUACAUGUGGCGCUGUUCAUACUUUGUUACCUAAGUCUUUGGAGGACAGCUAAACCAGAUGUGUGUGGAAUCGUUUGUGCGACGUCAGAGAAAGAUACAAAGAAAUCGCCUACAGAUCAAGCGACUGGAGUGAAGGCUAAGCUGAUUCCACAGGUUGAUGUAACCAGUGGCCGGGACCAGUCUUUGACACUGCGUCACCACAAUGACCUCAAAGCAGACGAUAUGAGGUAUACUAACAAACAGGCAUCGCUAAACGAAUUGAGGUACAACCGAGGGACUGUAUCUAACGAGAAGAGGUACGAGAAUGCAAAAACCUCACCAGCUGAGUCUGAUACUAGACCAAAACUGGAGAGAGAUAGAACCUCUCCAACUGGAUCUAGACAGGGUGAAGAUGAUACCUCUAGGAGUAGACCUCUGCCGGAACACAUCCAAGGUGCCACCACAACUUUACCUAAGCAAGAAAGUGCAACCACAACUAGACCUAAGCACGACCAAGGUGCUACCACAACUAGACCUAAGCACGACCAAGGUGCUAACCCAACUAGACCUAAGCACGACCAAGGUGCUAACCCAACUAGACCUAAGCACGACCAAGGUGCUAACCCAACUAGACCUAAGCACGACCAAGGUGCUACCCGAACUAGACCUAACAGUACCUCUCUACCAGUAGCCUCACAAGACAAAAACUCAACAAUGAACUCCUCGACAAAAAAGCAGAACAAAAGCACCAAUAUCGUAAACAAUGAGGGUUACAUGCAAUUAAAUUCGUCUCUGUAUGAAAAGUGGACGCAAGAGCAAGAGUUGAAAAAGAAACACGUCCAAGAUACAUGUAAGUCCCUCCGGAGUGAUUCCAGGUCAGCCAACCUCAAAUAUGACCUAACUGAAGCGGUACUCAAAACACUCAACCAUCUCCUAGUAGUGGACUCGCACAAAAUCAUUUACUGCUACGUUCCGAAAAUCGGAUGUACAAGCUGGAAGCGGAUUCUUCUGGUGUUACUUGAGAAAAUUAAAAGAGUCGAGGAUGUUUCCCACAUGGGUGCACACUACACACCAAUUCCAAACCUAUCAAAGUUCACUCUAGACGAAGUAAAACAGCGAUUAAGAAACUACACCACUUUCAUGAUCACAAGGGAUCCGGUCGAGAGGGUGGUUUCAUGUUUCAGGGACAAAUUUGAGAAGGACAAUCCGGACAACCGUGCCUUACAACGGAACGUCAUGCCGGGCAUCCAGGGUAAAUCCGGUAACUAUAACAAAUCCGACAAGAUCCUGCCCAAGGUUGACUUUCCACAGUUUGCACGGUACGUCUCUGACUCCCAGAACAUUUUCGGUAACUACGGACCGACGGAACACUGGAACGAGGUGUAUAAAAUGUGCCAUCCCUGCUUGGUGAGGUACGACUUCAUUGGGGAGUUCGAUAAGCUGACCCGGGACUCGGAACUCAUUUUGAAGGCAACGGGACUCGAAAACACCGUGAGGUUUCCGAAGGCAACGAACCCUACCAAUAGCUCCGGCGAUUCCGUAACGAAUAAAUAUUUAUCGUUAUUGAAUAAGACAGAGAUCACUGCUCUUAAUAAGAGAUAUGAAAUUGAUGCCGAGUUAUUUGGGUAUUCCGAUCAACCAGUGCCGCUUUAAGUGAAUACUUAUGAACGCUAGGUGGCAGCAGACUUUCCAAUUUCCAUCGAGUACGUCGUUCUGAACAUGCGCACAUUUCCAAGAACAAUGGACCUGUUAAGUCUGCUGUCCCUAGAAGUCUUCUAUUUGAACAUCCCACCAUGUCGAACCGCGAACUCUAACACACAGGUAUGGGUACAAGUGAACAUCACCAGAAGCACACACUGCCAUUAACAUUUAUUUGCUGCAAUAUUAAUGAUACGGUAAAAAAUAACCGUUAUUUUGGAAAUGUUAAUCUGAUUCCUAGUUUGGGGUGCAAAGUAAGUGGCUCUGAAAAGAGCCAGUUUUUCCUCGACGUUUCGAUCAGUGGGCUCUGACUGUCUUCUUAAGUCAGUGAUGCAUCUAUAUUAUAAAUGUGAAUCCUUCUUGAAGAAGGUUAAAAGACCUAGGUCAAAAUGACUA